AUGGACAAGUAUCCCUCCACCCAAUUCAAUUUAUCAUCAUUUCAAGAAAUGCCCAGUGCUGUCACGCUGCGAAUCCGGGAGUACCUUCGGAAACGUGGACACAUGUGGUGCAUGACUGUCAUCAACUCGUGCCGUGGAAAAGGGUUACCGGAAGAAGAGGUUCGGAGGUACACAAGGUCAAUAAUCAAAGGCUUAAUUCAUAUUCAUAAGAAUCAAUACAUUCAUUGUGAUUUGAAGCCGGCGAAUAUCUUAUUACUGCCGAGGAAUUCACGAUUUGAGGCAAAGAUCGGCGAUUUAGGGUUGGCGAGGAGAAUGAGCAAGACAAAGCAAGGGUAUUGUUUGGGAGGAACAUUGAUGUGUAUGGCGCCGGAGAUGUUGAUCGACAACGUGCAAGAAUCGCCGAGUGAUAUUUGGGCACUCGGCUGUGUCGUGCUCGAAAUGCUCACUGGUAACCGUCCGUGGUGGGACGGGAUUGGGAAAUAUAUUAUAGAGAAGGACGGGAUGCCGAUGAUUCCCAAAGGGUUGUCGGAGGAGGCGAGAGGCUUUUUGAGGAGUUGUUUUGUGAGGAAGCCGGAGUUUAGAUUCACGGCUGAGAUGCUGAUGUUUGUGCCGUUUGUGGCGGCGGUGGCGGCUGAGGAGGAAGAAGAUUUAGUGACGGCUCCAAUAUUUGUGGAGAAGAGGAGGAGUUCUAAGAGGCAAAGAACUCCAAUUCAAGCUGUGUGAAUUAAGUUCCACGAUUUUUGGAGUGUAAA